GAAUGAUGUGUGGUUGAUUGUCCGUUUCCAUGAUAUCUGGUUAUUGCAGAACACUCCUCUCCGCCAAUGAGCACCUUUAUCCCCGUUAUCAAUCCAGUCCUACCCUGACCACCUUCCCUAUGUCAAUUCGGGUCUCUGAACCGAUUAUGGUCAAGGUCGAGUCUGCUCGGUGUUCCAGAGCACAAAUCCUUCUGGCAAAAUUCGCUUCGAGGUCACCUCAACACGAGCAUUCAUUUCUCAAUUUUACGGGUACCUCGUCCCAAGAUGCACCUAGCGUGGGGACAGGGUAGAGUCGUGCCUUGCUACCCGAUAUCACCCACUGCAGAUAUAUAGCCAGGUUUGUCUUCCCUUGUUUGGUCGUGCAUGGUUCCCAUUGUCAAGACCCAAUUCCUUUACCAUACCCAAACACAGGCUCGCAAGCCGAUUGUACAGCCAUGGCGAGCGCACCCACUCCUCCCGAGUACAACUCGAGCAUGCCCAAUGGUGGCGAUCCACAAGUGGUCAAUGUCAAUGCCCCCUUUACCGGCCUCGAAUUCGAAUAUGUCUACCAGGUCAUUAUGGGCUGCUUGGUGUUCGUCAUUGUACCCGGUAUCGGUCUUCUCUACGGUGGCAUGUCGCGAAGAAAGUCUGCUCUUGCCAUGAUUUUCCAGGCCUGGACAGUGAUGGCAGUCUGCUCAUUCCAAUGGGCAUUCUGGGGCUUCAGUCUCGCUUUCUCCCGAACCGGCGGUCCCUUCAUUGGCGAUCUUUCAAACUUUGGCAUGAAGAACGUCAUGGCUGCACCAUCCUGGGGAUCCGCCGUCCUUCCCGAUAUCGUCUUCAGCUUCUACGAAUUGAUGUUCUGUGCCUGCGCGACUAUGAUCGUAGUUGGCGGCUCCUUUGAGCGCGGUCGUAUCAUUCCUUCGGUCAUUUUCGGUUUCUGCUGGGCCACUCUCUGCUAUUGCCCGAUUUCUUACUGGACCUGGAAUGCCAACGGCUGGCUCUUUAACCUGCCUGCUCUCGACUUUGCAGGAGGUGGGCCCGUUCACAUUUCCAGCGGUACCGCUGGUUUGGCCUACGCUCUCGUCCUCGGCAAGCGCAAGCGAUUUGGCGAAAAGCAUAUCUACAAACCUCACAAUGUCACCAUCAUCUUUCUCGGCACGACCCUCAUCUGGUUCGGUUGGUUCGGCUUCAACGGCGGCUCAGCUUUGAACGCCAGCAUCCGCUCCAUGAUGGCAAUCUGGAACACAAACUUUGCCGCCUCCUGCGGUGUGGCUGGAUGGGUCAUGAUGGACUACAUCAAGAAGCGCAAGUUCUCCGUCGUCGGCGCCUGCGAAGGGGCGAUUGCUGGUCUUGUGGGCAUUACUCCUGCUGCCGGCUACGUCUCGGUGUGGUGCGGUGCUGCCAUUGGUUUCAUUACCGCUAUCGUGGUCAAUCUCUUCGAGAACGUCAAUGACUGGAUGCACAUCGAUGACGGACUCGAGGUAUUCAAGCUCCACGGCAUUGGCGGGAUGUGUGGCGCAUUUCUGACUGGCAUCUUCGCCUCGUCUUCUGUAUCUGCUCUCGACGGCAUACCGACCCUAGCCCCCGGUGGCAUUGACGGUGUUGGCAGCCAAAUCCCCCGUCAACUCGCUGAGAUCGCCGCCAUCGCCAGCUGGUCUUUCACCAUCUCUUUCAUCCUGCUCACGAUCCUCAAGUAUAUUCCUGGCCUCCACCUGCGUGUGACGGACGAGGUUGAAAUUAUUGGUUUGGAUAUGGAUCAAUUCUCUGAUGAGCUUGUCGGCGAGUGGUCUCUGUUCAACGAUGACAAUACCGGUCGUCGUGGAUCAUUCGAGCAGAUUACUCAUGGCCUCCCAGCCAACGGAGCAACCACCGGCCAGGCCACUCCUGAGCAGAAGGUCGAGCCCAAGGCAGACCCCUUGCCUUCUUCUUAAGCAGGUGUCACUAUCCCAUAUUCUUAAUUUUGCAAAGCGGUGCGACCUGGACUUGCAGCUGGACUGGAAGCGGCAGCUGCAUCAUGCUUGGAGCUGUUGGCGAAGCGUGGAUGAAGAUGGCACGAUUCCAUGUAGCCUUUCGUAUGCUCUGUCUAGAUCGGGGCACUAAAUAUCGGUAGAUUCUAAUAUACUAUGAUACCCUUUUG